UUCGAGGCCCUUCAAACUUUGGGACCGUUUCAUUUUUCACCACCACCGCUACCACCACUCCUAUCAUGGCUAGGUCCCAACAACGUUAUCGUGGCGUCCGACAAAGGCAUUGGGGUUCUUGGGUCUCUGAAAUUCGCCACCCCUUACUGAAGACAAGAAUUUGGCUAGGCACGUUUGAAACGGCGGAGGACGCAGCGCGAGCCUACGACGAAGCGGCGAGACUCAUGUGCGGUACCAAAGCACGUACCAAUUUCCCAUUCAAUCCCAACGACCACACGUCUCAUUCAUCCAAGCUUCUCUCUUCAGCUUUGAUAGCAAAGCUUCACAAAUGCAACAUGGUCUCUCUUCAAAUGAGAGAAAAUCUUCAAAUGAGAGAAAAACCAGCUCCAAAGGAGGAGCCAGUGCAUGAAGUAAUGCCAUCCGUCACUUCUAGUGCUAGCUGCAUUGUCGAUAACAGUGACUUUUCCGGGUUCGGCUGGUCGGAGAAGAGGGAGUACGGUGGAGUUCAAUGUAGUGGGGGGAAAUGGGUUGAUGAUGACACGGCUAUUAAAGUUGAGCACCAUGAUCACCAUCAGGAGUUCUUUCAGCCGCUUGAGGAGGAUCACAUUGAGGAAAUGAUAGAGGAGUUGCUUGAUUAUGGGUACAUUGAGCUUUGUCCUGGAGUUUAAGUAUAGGCAGUGCUAAACUCUAGCAUCUUCUACAUGGAAAAAUGCAGACUUUUUGGGGUUAGCUAUGUUAAAUCAAGUAAAUACAUUUGGUGAGUUGUAGUAUGUAUCAAAACGUACUUGUGGAAGAAUUAGCUAGCGAUCGAGAGGGUAGAAUGAAAUAUGCAGCUGCUUCACACACUAUGAUGUCAUUGUGGGAUAGAGAAUGUAAGUGGGUACUCGUAUAGCUCAUACUUGUAGCGAGCAUUACCCCGACACAUCCC